UCCCUCCGUGAUAGCAAGGGUGCUCUCAUCGCUGAGGAUGACAAGGGCUUCACCCCCGAGAUCAUCAACCAGAUCGCCGCUCUCAAGCUCGAGUCGCAAGGCCCUGACUGCGCUUGACAACCACAGCUUCCGCUGGGUUGAGGGUGCCCGCCCAUGGAAGGAAGUCAGCAAGGUCGACAUUGCUCUUCCUUCAGCGACCCAGAACGAGGUUUCUGAGGAUGAGGCCAAGGCUCUCAUUGCGUCCGGCGCCAAGUUCAUUGCCGAGGGCUCCAACAUGGGCUGCACACAGGAGGCCAUUGAGGUCUUCGAGGCUCACCGUCGCGAGAAGAAGGGCGAGGCCAUCUGGUACGCACCCGGAAAGGCCGCCAACGCCGGUGGUGUCGCCGUCUCCGGUCUCGAGAUGGCGCAGAACUCCCAGCGUCUAUCAUGGACUGCUGAGGAAGUCGACGAGAAGCUCAAGGGCAUCAUGAAGCAGUGCUUCGAGAACUGCCUCGAGACCGCCAAGGAGUACAUCACCCCAGCUGAGGGUGAGUUCCCAUCUCUCGUCGGCGGUGCCAACGUCGCCGGCUUCCGCAAGGUCGCUGCCGCCAUGCAGGCCCAGGGUGACUGGUGGUGAACGGCUCGCUUUUGAGCACGGCAAAGACCUUUUUUCUACAUGAUACCUCACGAUACCUUCAUUUUGGCUUGGCGUUUUAGGAUGAACUGGAUGCGCACAUGCCUCUUGUAAAUAGAUACCAAACAAUUCUAAGAAUGACAAACUUGACACAA